CGCCUAACAUUCGCAGAAGACGCUCGUCUAAACCAUUCCAAGAUGAUGCCAGCUUGGUCUCUAAUACUACUACUUGCGUUGGUUGCGCUAACAUCCGGAUCUGACCUUCGGGAAUCGGGUAAUAGAUGCGGCUAUCGCACUGGAAAUCAAAUCCAAUCUCAUUCGCAAUGUACUUCACGUAACGGAUUUCCGAAAUACUUCCGUGAUGGUCAUGACUGUGGUAAGUUCUAUGAAUGCAAUCGUGGUACCGCCUACGAGUUCCUGUGCUCCGAAGGAUUAGCAUUCAACGAGGACACGAAAGUAUGUGAACAUGCAUCGAAAGUCCGUUGUUCGAAUGUGCAUUCCGGUGGAAGGGAUGGAACCGUGUCAGAACCGAUCCAUUCCCCGCCCAGCGAUAAUUACUACGAGUUCCCGCGAGCUAGUGGAGCAGGACAGAACAGAACGUGCAAUAUUUGCCGACAGGCGAAACAAGCCAUCCCACGGCAUGUUAAUUGCCCGAGAGCCAACGGAUACUAUCCAGUGAUGUUCCGGAACGUUAAGGAUUGUACGCAAUUCUACCAGUGUGAUCACGGCACAGCUUAUCUUAUCCAGUGUCCAGCAGGGUUACACUUCAACACACUGCUAAGCGUUUGUGACUAUCCGCGCAAUGUGGACUGUUCCGGGCCCGUAUUGAGCCCCGAAUCUGCCACCGGUGCUAGCGGUGGUAGUCACGGUGGUGCUUCGCCAUCAUCUUGUCGCAUCUGUCAGGAAGCUAAGAAUGUGAUUCGGAACCAUCCGAAGUGUCCCACCAAAAAUGGAUACUAUCCAAUCAUGUUCCGCCAUCAAACGGAAUGUUCUAAGUACUACAUGUGUGACAAUGGUGUGGCGUUCGAGAUUGUGUGCCCUGCCGGGUUGCAUUUCAAUACCGCCAUCAACGUGUGUGACUAUCCGGAUAAUGUGGACUGUUCUGGAACGGGUGGUUCACCAACAGUUUCGAGUGAAACACCAGCUGUCGCUGAACCGGAACAGAAGAUUCAUCCCAACUGUCCGAUCAUUACCGGAGAGCAGGAGGCUAGCUAUUGGGCCCAUCCAAGAGAUUGUGGCAAGUACUUUGGAUGUCGCUGGGGAUGUGUGGAAGUGUUAAGCUGCCCCGAAGGACAUCGGUGGGACGACACCAAGAAGGGUUGCGCUGCGGAACAUUUGGUUGAGUGUGAAAAUGAUGGAUACUAAGUUGUGUACAUUAAUUUAAGAAGUACAGUACAGUUGCAAUAAAGAAUAGGAAAGGCGAACCAUUAUCUUCUC